AUGGAGCAGGAAUCACAGCAAACUGCAAGCACCGAAAACGACAUGUCGGACCCUGCUUUGGCUGACCUGGAUUGUGCUGUUAAAGUAGAACUCGACACGGACAACAGCUCUUCUGAAGUAGGCCAUCUGUCGAGUGUGUCUCAAGCUUUGUUUCAUAAUGAAGAAGCAGAUGAAGAAGAGGAUGAAGAUGGCAGUGAUGAUGACAGUGGCACAGACAACUUUAACAUUGAAAAGUCAGGGACCCAGCUGCAGAGAUGUGAGCGAUCUGGAGGAGGGAGUCUUCCUGACACGUUCCAGACCAGCCACCUGCUGUUCUAUGAGAGGUUCAAGGUGUACCAGGACUACAUGCUCGGGGACUGUAAGCCCUCAGAGGUGAAGACCUUCUCAGCAGACUACCUGGAGAAAGUGUUGGAGCCGUGUGACUGGUUGGCUCUAUGGACUACUGAUGUCUUUGAUGUUCUGGUUGAGGUGAAAGAUUUGGACCUGAAGGAUCUGAAGGCAUGUGUAAGGCUGGUGCUGCCACUGCAGUGUGACACCAGAGGCUGUGAACUCACUGAAGAUGCCAUGAAAUCUCUUCUGGAGGCAACUCAGCAUAAAGUCCCCCUACAGCAACUGCAGGUGGUCUAUGAGGAGUCUGGGGACUUUGAUCAGACUGCCCUUGCUCUUGAGCACCUCAGGUUUUUCUACAAACACAUCUGGAGGCAGUGGGAUGAGGAAGAUGAAGAUGAUGAUUUUGACUACUUUGUGCGUUGUGUGGAGCCUCGUCUCAGACUCUACUACGACGUGCUAGAGGACAGAGUCCCAGCAGGCCUGGUGAUAGAAUACCAGUCCUUACUGGAAAAGUGCUCCCAGUGCUUCCAGCAGUUUUCUGUGCUGCGCAGCACCCUGAGCACUGACUCCGACUCUGAGCUGGAUAAUGUGUCCAUGGUUGAGGGCCUGAAGCUGUGCGACCAGCUGGAGACAUUCAAACGCAAGCUACACAUCAUUGAGAACCCCCUGUUGAGGUAUGUGCUAGCCUACAAAGGAAAUACCAGGCAGCAAUGUGUGCAGAGCCGUGGCCCCAGAGAAUCGGGUAUGAAGGUGGUUCAUGUGGUUACAGCCUCUUGCAGCUCUAUCCAGCUUCAGUCUCUCCUAAGUGCCAGACUGAUGCCUCUCUGUGCCUCUGAGGAUGCUGAGAUCCAGUUCCACAGAGAGCCAGUAUCAGCAGUGGAUUCAUGCCAUCAGGGUGACGUGGUGAUUGUUCUCCCAGGGAUCUACUGUGUCAACAGUUCCAUUUUCAUACCAGAUUCCAUCACCAUGGAAGGCUUUGGGUUCCCUGAUGAAGUGGUGAUUGAGAAGAAAAACAAAGGCGACUCAUUUGUGGAGUCGACAGGAGCUGAUGUCAGACUGUCCAACAUCAAGUUCAUCCAACAUGAUGCUAUUGAAGGCAUUCUGUGUGUGCGUCAGGGAACUCUGAACAUGGAAAACUGUGUGCUGCAGUGUGAGACCACCGGAGUUAUUGUCCGAACAUCUGCCCGUCUCACCAUGAACAUGUGUGACCUGUAUGGCUCCAAGGGGGCAGGUGUGGAGAUUUACCCUGGCAGUGUUUGCAGUCUGGUUGGUAAUGGCAUCCAUCACUGCAAGGACGGGAUCCUCAUCAAGGACUUUGCUGAUGAGCUAGAUGUGAUGCCAUCCAUUACCAUGGAGAACAAUGUGGUCCACAACAAUGAAGGCUACGGGGUGGUUCUAGUGAAACCCAACAAUGCAGAACAGCACAGUGGUUCUGUGGAAAAAAGUGAAGACCCAGCUGCAAACAAACAGGAAAAAAUGACCGACUUAAUCUCCACAUUGUCAAUGUCUUCAUCAUCAUCAUCGUCAUCAUCAGUGACAUCAACAACCACUACCCCGACGAGUAGCAGCAGCUCAGCUGGUCCUCAGCCUGAGUCAGCAGACAACAACAGCACAGGUGGUGACAUGGCCUCCGCAGGCCGGAAGUGGCAGUUAAAUCAUCAGCUGAGCAGAAACAAAGAGAUGUCUUGCAGUCGAGCAGUCGAGGAUCUGAUGGACCACCAGAUCUUUGUCUCUAUUCAAGGAAACCAGUUUAGACGCAAUGGCAUGGGUGACUUUGGGACCUUUUUCUACUGAUCAGGACUUGAGACUGAACGUUGACACUGUAAGAACACAGUUUUUAACAUCCAUUAUAUGUGAUUUUGGGCAAAAAAUAUUACAUGACAGCAGAAUGAUUUUUUUUGCUUGCCAUGAAAUGAGAUUUUUGCUGAUACACUAUCUAUUGAGGAGGUAUAAAGACAGUUGUAAGAGAGGAAGUGAAUUGUGGUCAUUUACUGUAUAAGCUGGCUUUGUGUGUUUCUAUCAGCACUUUGAACUUGGCACACAGUGAUGAUGAAUGGAUCCCUGCUUUUGUUUUUGCACUCAUGCUUUUAUCCUAUUUAUUCCUUUGGGCUUCUGAUACUACAAAAUCUUCUUGUGCAUGCAAUUCUUUUAGUUUGAAAUCCACUUGUCAAUUUUAGUGUGACAAAAUGUUAUUUUCUAGGUCGUGGCUUGUUGAAAGCAGUGUUGAUUGUUUAAAGUUCACAGUUUUUGUCGUCAUGAGAUACAUUUGAUUUUCACUUGGUGUCUCUCGUCUUUUUAAAGGUGUAAGUCAUGUACUUUGGGGUUACGGGAAGUUUCAGCAUUCAGGUUGACAUGUUCUGUAAGCAGAAGUCCAAUAAAAAUAAACUGAGGUUUUAUAAUUUA